ACACUGUUGUCACUUUUCGGAUGUCGGGACUCCGUCUUUGCCUUCUGCUUUCGCGUCCUGACUGAGCAGGUCGCUCGCUGUGUGUGGAGCUCAGUCGUCGCUGACUCUUGUCUUGUCUUCAGGACGUCUGGUUGGAUGUCGGCGUGCGUCUCUCUCCCGUGGGCAUGUGGACGCCUCCGUCUGGGCUGUGGACUCCUCCUUGUGGCCUCCUUACCGCUCCUGGCUGCAGGCAGAGUGAGCAACUGCUCGCACCCUCUGGUGCCAGAACAUGGAGGGUUCCGCUGCGACCCGUCUCCGUGCCGCGGGUUCCCCCAGAAGAGCUCCAUCCAUCUGUUCUGCGAGCCCGGAUACCACAUCAAGGUCCGAGUGUCCAGGUGUCAACACGGCAGGUGGCAGCCCCCGAUCCCCGCCUGCGUCCCGGCCAAAGACGGGCCCAAGGUCCAGAAGGAGCCGGACGAGCGGCCCGGUGACUCCAUGCCCAGCAUGGCCACCACGGCGGUGGGCGUCUCCAUCUUCCUGCUCACCACCACCGCCUGCCUGGUGGUCAAGUCCCGCCUCUACCCCUGUCAAUCACACGGCAGCCGGCGCUCCUCGGACCAGCUGGACCUGAUGGUGGACGGGCUCCCGGUCCCGCUGCCGUCCUACGAGGAGGCCGUGUACGGCAGCUGGGGCCAGCGGCUCCCCGCCUGCUCGGCGCCGGGUCCCACCCAGCUGCUGCUGUCCCAGGAGGCUCCGGGCCGCCCGCCGGCGCCCCACGGGCACCAGGCCGACGGCAGCCACCGGCCGCUGCUCGGCCAGAGCCCCGACUCCGCGCCGCCGCCGCCGUACGAGGAGGUCCCGGCGCCGCAUCGCAGAGAGCGGACGGGCGACGGGGACGCGCUCUCACAGGACAAGGACACCUGACUGACGGGGGGGCGGGUCGGGUGGGGUCGACCCGGCCGACCCAGCUGCCCCUGCUGUGAUUGACAGCAGACCCUGCGCCGCCUGCACUUUCCCUGACUGGCUGCCGCUCGCCGGGCUCACGCGUCGCUCGCGCCCUGAACUGAAACGGGUCGGGUUCCGUUGGAGCGUCUGUGACAGCGGAACCGGAGCGUCUGCUCUUUCACUUGUACAUGAGAAUGUAAAUAAGAAGCACAGAACGACGUCGGUGACGGGCCGGUCGAGGCUCCCUCCACAGUCAGCCCGUGUUUCCAUGGCAACCGGCUCCACAGCCUUUCCAUCAGUUGUUUGUGCAGCUUUUGUGCACGUGUUGUUGCACUAACACCCAGUGAAGCUUUCAAACGGCAGCUUGCCGUUGACUUAAAUCACACUUGAUUUUGUGUAACAGCUAAAUGUUCGGAAACUAAACCGGCUUUAAAGUGUUGAUGUGGAGUGAACCAAUGUUUUGAUGGAUUUGAAUCAAAACCCCUUUUUCUUCGGGUUUUAGCUUCUGGCUGAAAUGGUUUUGCAGGUAUUUCACACCCGUGGAGACACAGAAGUGCUUUUACUGAACUGGCUGCUGCUUUGACUGCACAGCGACCGACGCCUUCAGACCAUGAAUGUAUUUAAUGUUAAACUUUGUGACAAAUCUUUAGUAAUAUAUGGAAUGUAAUAUUUACAGAAUGACUAUUUGUAUAUCGUAUUAUUGCACAGAAUUCGAGGAAUAAAUGUUCUUUAUCUGA